AGCAGAAGAGCGCCGGCAGCUGACGCCAGUGGCAGCACCAGCGCAUCCACCUGCCGCUUCUGCCAGCCGCCACAGACCGCCGCUGCGCCAGAUCUGUACGACUGGUGAAAUUCGUUGUGCGACUGGAGCUGCUGCUAAAGAGGAGAGUGCUUUCUACACACAGGUACAAUGGCACCUGCCUAUAAACUUAUUUACUUCAAUGCCCGAGGGAAAGCAGAACACAUACGCUUCAUUUUCGCAUAUGCUGGAGUGGACUAUGUGGAUGAACGAAUUCCCAAAGAAAAAUGGUCACAUUACAAAUCAAGGAUGCCAUACGGAAUGGUACCAGUAUUGGAAAUAAAUGGAAAACAAGUAGCCCAGUCAAAUGCCAUAGCACGUUAUCUUGCCAGGCAAUAUGGGCUAGCUGGUAAAGAUGAGUGGGAAAGCUUACAAUGUGAUGUACUUGUUGAUACUCUCUCUGACUUAAAGCAAGCACUUUUCCAGUACAGAAUGGAGCCUGAUCCUCUGCGGAAAGAUGAAAGGAAGCAGACACUCCUCAAGGAAACAAUACCAUUUUUUCUUGAUAAAUUUGAAAAAGUACUAGAGGAGAAUGGUGGAUUUUCAGUGGGAGGAGCUCUUACCUGGACGGACUUCGUUUUUGCAGUGUCUCUAGAAAAUUUUGAACUCAUUUUUGGUAAAGAGUCCCUUGAUCAUUAUCCAAAACUCAAAGCUCUUAAGGAUAAGGUUUUCAGUUUGCCAAGAAUUCAAGAAUGGAUAAAGAAAAGACCUGUAACUGAAUUCUAAGAUUUACCGCUGUUAUGGAAUGUGUAUUUUAAGUCACACUAUGCUUUCAGAAAAACUGAUACAACAUAUGAAGGAACUAUACCUUCACUUCAAGAUAAAAAUAAAUUAUAACUGUAUUACUUCUUGCAGGAGACAAAUACAAUGAAGUUCAGUAAUCAUAUAUCACUUAUGUGGAUGCAUCACAAAUCUAUGCAUUGCAGUGAAAAUUUUUUUUAAUUAGUCGGACAUUUUUUGUUAAAAUGACAGACAGCAUUACAUACUCUGAAUCACAUUUUGUUCACAGUGUAAAGCAAAGAUCAAAUGGACAGAGAAUAAGAUAGCAGAAACUUUUUUUUCUGUUUAUAUCAAAUGGUCCUUCAACAUUGUCCAUUUCUGAAGGUUUUUUUCAACAGCUGAUUGUGAGAAACAAUGACUUUUGUCUCUGUUAGAGAAGAAAUAUUGAUGGUUAGCUGGCCAUCUAAUGUCUAUAUUACAAUGUAAAUUUAUUUUUUACAAAAUACAUUGAUUGUGUAACUACAGAAUUUUUUUUUUUUAAUCUCACAGACAACAUAUAAAUUUUGAGCUUCUUUUCUGUAGAAAUGAUGCUGUGGAGAUAAAGUUACUUAUUUUCUGUUUCCUAUUUAUAGCCUUCUUAAGAUCAAUUUCUAUACAUGAUCAAUUCCUAUGUACAAUGCACUUGUGAAGCUAUCAGCAGUUUCCAUUAACAGGCAAAAAUGUCCUAACGGGGAAAAUAAGAAUUUUGUGUUUCUCUGGAACACAUCUGAUAAAAUUAUUUAUGACAAAGUAAACCUGACCCUAAACUGUAGUUCAAUUUAUUGUACUAGAAAAUAGUUUAUUCAAGCAUCACUAGACUAAAGCACUGCUGUUUGUGAAAGUAAUAAGCUGAAAUGGCCCACACAUGCUGAUAAAUUUACUAUGCAGUUUGCUUGGAGUGAGAGUACAGUUAAAUCUAUUUUUUGGUUCAUACAAAGUAUUUCAAAUGCAAAGGACAGUGGUCCCUAAAGUGAACAUUUGCAGCAAUACAAACCUCUCCACAUAAUAUCAGUUAUUGCAACAAGUUUUGUACAUUCUCCUGGGAAAGAGAUUGAGAAGUAUCAGAGCAAGUUAAAAAUACUGUUGUUGUGGUGGCAGAAAUAAGGAACUAAGCUUAAAGUAUGUAGGAUUAGCUUAUAUUAAGCAAAUGCAGGGAAAGAAACCAGGUGUGGAGCCAAGGAUCCAUAAAACAAUGUAUAUUUUUACAUACUCAGUUUCCAAAUUUUUCAGAUAACUUUCAGAGUCAGUUAGUGUAAAAUUUAAAGGUCUCAGAAAUUUUAGAAAAUUACAUGUCUAACACACAGUACUUUUCAAUUGCUUGGCCAAGGGAUGGACUUGUCACCUGACUGCAAAGCAAUGAUGCCCAUUCUCAGGCUGAGUCUACCGGAUGCCAACACGAAAUCUGACAGGGUUCAUGACAACCAUAGGAAGAAUUGUCAAACCACAGAACACUGAGUACGGCAUGACAGAAGAGACAGAUCCUUGGUUAAGAAUUAGGUUACAGAAAGAUUGAUUGUUCUUUAACAUAGACAUAAAUGACCAAAAAGAAAAAGCAUGCACACCAUUAAGCCAUUGUUUGCAGAUCUCAGUUGACAAUGACAGUGCUAAAUGACCUUAUACUAAUGAGUGCACAAUUUACUUUUAUAUAGUGUAGAUUAUGACAUCCUCAAAACUGUGGGAGCUUGUCACUAUAAUGUUUCUUAACUCAUUUGCAUGCUACAUGUGCUUCCCAAAUUUAUUGGACAUUAUGCUAAAGCAUUGUACUAAGCAGUACUGUAAACAAAUUAUUAGUAUUUUAUUGUAUUAAAACAUUAUCUAUUUUAUUGUUGUUUUUAUUGAAACUUUAGGCACUUUCACAUAUUAAAACUAUCAGCGAUGGCAAAUUCUAUUUCUGGAGAGGUGGGGAGGUAGUUACUGAGAAUCUACAUACUUCGGCGUCACAAACAAAUUGUGACACACAUGCCCUUCCUCCCAAGAACCAAAAAUUGGAUCCUCGCCUCAUGGAAACUGGGGACUUAGUCAAAGAAAUCAUUCUCUCAUUUUAUUGAACCUGUUUAGCAGAAACAAGCAAAUUCUCUCCAAUUGUGGGUGAACACACUGUAACAAGGAACAAAAUAAUAGACACAGUUGAACACUGUGCCAAUACUCUCUUCAGUGAUAUAAUUUGGAGAUCCGGUUCAAAGUAGUCACUGCAUACUACUUCCUGCCAUUAAUUUAAAGCAUCAUCAACCCCAAUACUAGUUUGGAAACUGCUGUGCUGUAUUAGGCACCAUCAUAUACCCUUGCCUUCCCCUGAUCUUUGAAGUGACUCACCCACCCAGCUACAGAGCAACCUAAUACUUAAUGUGUACUCUAGACCACAGUGCAACUUUGCAUUUCUCACAUUCUAUACAGAUCAUUGCCAGAGGUGAAAGACACAAGUGACAAAACACCCUAGGACUGAGUAGCAAUAUAAGAAAAUAUUGUACUGCUAUCCAUCGCAGGGAUCUGAAAAUACCACCAAAUUGUGUUACAUGUCAUCAGCUAAGUAUCUGCUGUGAGAUGUAUAUUCAUUACUACCCCACCCCACCCACUCAACCUUCCUGUCACCCUACAAAGCUCCAGCACCUGCAGUCUCCUCAGCAAAAUAAAAAGUGGCUCUGUAAUGUCAUUUGAGCCUCAGCACUGCAAAUACAAUAAUUUAGAGACCUUAGAAUUCCACAUAUACUGUAGAGUAUAAAAUCAGAGUUCCAUUCUGGGCCAAUAACUCAAAUUUCACAAACAGCAGUGUACUUGAAGAGCACGUAUUUCUGAUAAACUAAAUGUUUAGUGCCUAUUUUUGUAUGUAAAAAUACCAGAAUGUAGAGAAACCUGUUUAUAAAAAAAUGUGUCACACAAGCUAUCUAAAAUGUACAAAAUGACUGUCACAUGCAAUGAAGAAACACAAAAAUAUA